CCUCAGAAACUUGCCGGUACUGACAUGGGUGUUUACGACCUCACUACUCACACCAUCAGCCCAUUCUACUGUACAACAUCAGUCCAUAAGAACCCUUCUCUGAUUUUCCCAUUACCCGUAUGGGUCUUACCCUCCAACUAUUGAAGCAGAAUUAUGGGUGUUCUUCUCCUCUGUUAGGAGGUGUUCUGUUGAAGGGAAACUGUUUUCUUGGGUCUCUGGGAACGGGAUUCUGAGAGUUGGAAUGCUGAGAGUUGCAGGGAAGCUCUGGGACGGGGGAGAUCAGUGGGGAAGAUGAUGAUCGAAGCUUUAUUUUCCCGCCUUAGACAGUAGCUUGCUGCCAAAGCUUGUCCUUAUAUUUUCUCAUUUAUUUGUAUCUUUUUUUUUUAAAUUUAUUUAGGGCCUUUUCGCUCUGCUAGGCCCAAUUAGCUAUAAAGCCCAUCUCUCUCUUCCAUUUUUUCAUCCUCUCUAAAUAUAUAUUUUUUUUACUUUCUCGCCCUCAAAAACAGAAAUACUGGAAACUGAGAUUCGCCGAUUUGGUCAGUUUAUCGCCGGCGGCCCACUGAACCCGCUCUCUCCGUCACAAAGUCGCUAUUCAGCACUCAGCAGGUACUUAGAUCGCGCAUCCCCGGCUUUCCCUUUCUGCAGCUUGCCGUGAUGAUAUUCUGUUGUCAACUGUAAACUCUGUGAGAAUGAAUAAUCCUGCGUCAUGUAAUUUCAAUCCUUACAAAUUGUCAUUUGGCCUAAUCACGAAACCUUAUAUUUGAGUUUCAGUCGGGUUACUGAACUGUGCUUCUUUUGCAUCAUUGUAUGCCGCCUUUGUUUCUGUUGAAUUUUGGGUCUUUGCCUGAAUUCUUCCAUUAGGUUUGUAGCUUGUCUUUCAUUGUAUCCUUUCCUUGAUUGUGUGUUUGGUAACCAGUGGAGCUGGGGUAGCCAUCACAUCGUUCUUGGUUGCUUUCUAUUUCGGAUUGCUUCUAAUGGUGCUUAAUUGUGAUUUAAACUUCGGUUAUUUUUGUCUAGCAAUUAGUGAAGUAAACCUUAGUCUAUUUUCUACAGAAGAGCAAAGCAAACUGAAAAGUUGGUGGUGCUGAAGCAUGGCAGAUGGAGGUGAUGAAAGCCAAAGCAACAAUAUGUCAACAAUUUCUGGUGUAGAAGGGAAUGUAGAAGACAUCAAAAGAGGUAAAGAUGAGAUGAAGGUGACAACAGCUGCAGGGGCAGCAGGCAACUGGGUGAACGAUCUGCAGAGGAGUGUGGUAGAAUCGAAGGAUUCAGCACUACGAUCUGCCAAUUCCUUCCGUCAAUGCUCUUCACUCCAUUUCCGCUCUCUACAGGAUCAUUAUGUGCCUGAUGCCAUCUCUAACCUGAAGACUUAUGAAGAUGUUUUCUUCACCAAACUCAAAGAUGGUUUAACAACAUGCAAAGAAUACCCAGCUACUUCUCUUGGAGUUGUACUCUCCUCUUCCCUUCUUCUAAUGCGAGGUCCACGAAGAUUUUUGCUGCGCCAGACAUUUGGUCGAUUUCAGAGUGAGGAGACACGUUUCCACAAAGCUGAGAAGAAUGUCAAAGAGUUUGGUUCUGCUGUUGAUGAGAUGAAGAGGGUAAGCGAAAUGUUGCGUGAAAGGGCUGCUAAAGCCGAGAAGGGCAUGAAACAUGGCUACACUGAACUCAUGGGUGCUGGAAAUCAAAUUCAAAGCUUAUCCAAAUCUGUUUAUAAGGUCGAGCGCCAGGCUGCAGAUUUGGUGGAUGGUCUGCGAGAAAUCCCGAGCAGGGAAGCACUGAAACUUCGACUUGAGGUCGCUUCCAUGGUAUCCGACUUGAAAAAGCAGAGGACAGAGCUGGAUAAGCGGAUCCUGAAGAUCUCUGAACUAGGAGUACCGGUUUGAUUCUGCAAAAUGUCAUCUUCAGCGGCAGCCAUGAGCUCUAUUUCUAUCUAAACUUUUUGUCAAGUACCUAUUAUUCCUAUCAUCCUAUGACUGGUUAUUGGCUCUUAUCGUCCACGAGCCUAGAUGCAUAAAUUGCAACUCUGAUUAGUAUUUAGCUGACGAAUAACAGCACAGUUGUCCUUCUGAGAACUUGGAGUUUGCAACUUUCAAAUAUCUAUGACACUAAUGCAACUUUUCAAUAACAACACUGUUGAUGCUUCCCGUGUUAAACAUUUAAUACACAUUUAUUCAAUUG